CAUGCGGUAACGGAACUGCCAGAAUAAGACAUCCGUGAUCCGAAUGAAAAAAGUCAGGCUGGCAGAGCGCCAAUCUCCCGGGUUGUAGCUGUACUACAGCACUGAGAAAAGUCAAUGAAUCGCGAUCAGCGGGAGGAGGGAGGGUUUUCCCUUCCUUCACCGCCACCAGAGCAGCUGCGCCUCGGAAAUCCGAUCACGGCUCUGCGUCAGUGUGCUGACAACACAUCGGGCCGUUAGGGGGCGCCGCGAGACCAGCAGCCGCCGGCGCGUCUGACAGAGUGACCCCCGGCAGGAGGAGGGUCCGCGGCGGCGGGCAGCGAGAGGAGGAGCCGCAGAGAAAGGAAGGCGGCUGGAAAUGGAGAGAGAGAGAGAGAGGAAGAGGGGGUCGCGAAAGGGAUUGCUCGUCUGACCGAGGAGCCCACGAGAGAGCAAGACAAAGACACGGAGAAAGAUUAAAAAAGCAAACAGAAUACAAAGAAAAACAGCAACAAAUACGCGACGCGAAGGCGGAAGAGGGAACGGUUGGCCAUCUGAGCCGGGAAUGUUGGACUCGGUUUAAAAGAGGAUUCACUAUGAGUCGAGGUGGAUGGAGGAAGAGGGCCAGUGAAGACGAUGGAUGGGGUGGGCGGGGUGGUUAUAUGGCUGCAAAAGUCUGUAAGCUGGAGGAGCAGUUUAGACAUGAUGCACCGAAACAGCAACAGCACGAGGGCAUCUCCUCAAGCAUUUUCAGUGGUGUGGCAAUUUAUGUCAACGGGUAUACUAACCCAACAGCAGAUGAACUGCGAAAGUUAAUGAUGGUCCAUGGAGGGCAAUACCACAUGUAUUAUUCAAGGUCCAAAACCACACAUAUUAUUGCCUCAAAUCUGCCUAAUAGCAAAAUCAAAGAACUCAAGGGAGAGAAGGUGGUUCGUCCAGAGUGGAUCACGGACAGUAUAAAGGCUGGCAGGCUCCUUUCAUAUCUCCAGUACCAACUUUACUCAAGGCAGAAAAGCCUCAAUUUUAACAAUGUAUGCAAACUGGAGGAACCUACUCCAGGUCCAAGCAAUAUUCCCAAGGAAUUGGAGACCAGGGUGAAUGGUACAGCAAAAAAGCUACCAGAUAUUAUGAAAAAUGUCACAGUUAAACUGAAUGGUUGGAAUGGCUUGGAUAAUCUGGAAGAAGAGGAAGAGUUUGAACUUAAUGAACUGGAGCCUAUAUCUCCAGUACACUACUGGAAUGCGUUUAAGCAUUCCCAGAACCCGGCCUCCAUUGCUAAUGGCCACGCACACAGCUCUAAUGGUGCCUUAAAACCACUGGAACAGACAUUGCAUCCUGGAAGGACUUCCAUUGGCAAGAGCCCUUGUAGUCUGUUGAGUAGGAAGGACGUAAACAAAGAACUUGGUGAGAUGAGAGACUAUGGGGUGCAGCAGUACAGUAACCAAAAUGCAGACACACACUUGAACUUGAGCUGUCCAGCAGACCCGCCACCUUUGCACAGUAACAUUAAAGUGAAUGGUGCUCACCACAUUAGUGUUCAGGGCCCCUCGCCUUCAAAAAGCACUUAUGAGCCUUGUCAUAAGCAGGCUGCUCCCAUGUCUCCUCCAAGUGCUCACCCCAGGACAACAGACUCCAGCUUUAUAUCUGAAUUCUACUCGCACUCCAGACUGCACCAUAUAUCAACCUGGAAAUGUGAGUUCACUGACUUUGUAAAUAACCUUCAGCGACAAAGCAACGGCUUUUUCCCUGGCAAGGACAAGCUGAAAAGACUGAAGAAUGGAAGGGUGUGCCAACCUUCCAGUGACACAGGGAAUACAGGUCCACAUAAACAUCAGACCUGUAUCAUGCAUGUUGACAUGGAUUGCUUCUUUGUGUCUGUUGGAAUUCGAGAUAAGCCUGAUUUGAAAGGGAAGCCAAUAGCUGUCACCAGCAACAGAGGGGGUGGAAGAACAGCUUUGCGUCCUGGAACCAACAUCCAAUUAGAAAUGCAGUAUUAUAAAAGAAGAUACAUGAAGAGCAAAGGAGAUGAAACAAAAGUGCCUGGCAAAGGUGAUGUUUCAGCUUCCGAGACUCCAGAUGCUGGAUUGAAUGGAGUUGACCUGGAUCUGGCUGCUUUAUCUAUGGCUGAAAUUGCUUCAUGUAGCUAUGAGGCCAGGCAAGCAGGCAUUAAGAAUGGCAUGUUUUUUGGCCAAGCCAAGAAGCUGUGUCCUAGCCUUCAGUCUGUCCCAUAUGAUUUUAAUGCCUACAAAGAAGUGGCACUGACCAUGUAUGAAACUUUAGCAAGUUACACCCAUGAGAUUGAAGCUGUGAGCUGUGAUGAAGCCCUUUUAGAUGUGACAGACAUUCUGACUGACCUAGGACUUACUCCAGACUGCAUUGCAAAUGCUGUACGUGCCGAGAUCAAGGAGAAAACAAAGUGCACAGCCUCAGUUGGGAUGGCUUCCAACAUUCUGCUGGCCAGAAUGGCAACCCGCAAAGCCAAGCCAGAUGGGCAGUGCUACUUAAAGCCAGAGGAAAUCGACGACUUCAUCAGAGAUCAGCUGGUCACCAGUCUGCCAGGAGUUGGAAAGACAAUGGGUUACAAACUUGGCAUCAUGGGUGUGAGGACAUGUGGUGACCUACAACAGCUGUCAAUGGCAAAACUGCAGAAAGAAUUUGGACCGAAAACGGGUCAAACACUCUACCGUUUCUGCCGAGGCCUGGAUGACAGGCCGGUGAAGACAGACAGACAGAGAAAAUCUGUGUCGGCUGAAAUAAACUAUGGAAUCAGGUUUACACAGGCUUCGGAGGCCGAAGGUUUCUUGUUGGACCUUUCAGAUGAAAUUCAGAGACGGCUUGAAGCAGCUGGAGUGAGGGGAAGAAGGCUUACUCUAAAGGUCAUGGUGCGAAAACUUGGUGCCCCUUUGGAACCAGCGAAAUUUGGAGGACAUGGCAUAUGUGACAGUCUUACAAGGACGGUCAACCUGGAACAGGCUACAGACAACAGCAGAGUUAUUUGCAGAGAGGCUCUUAAGCUCUUCUACUCAUUGAAAUUGAAUGUUUCAGACGUGAGAGGGGUUGGCAUGCAGAUAAAUCACUUGAUUCCUGUCCAGAGAAGGAACACUGUUACCUCACCUCAUGUGGCCCAGCCAUACUCUGUGAAAGAUCUUCUCAUGGCAAAGAGAUCAAAGCGACUGAGUAGUGUGCCUGCUGAAACAUGUGAGUCAACAAGUCCUGACAAAUCGUUGCUACUACGAAAUUCCCUCUGCUCUGCACCUUUUAAACAACAAUUGACAGAACCAACGCCAGGGACCAGCAAGUCGGAACCUGUGGUCAGAUAUAAUGGUGGCCUACACACACCAUCCAAGAGCAGGGCAAACCUCAGUAUAGAAGUGCCAUCACCAUCCCAGAUAGACCACUCAGUACUUGAAGCUCUUCCAGCUGAUAUUAAGCAGCAAGUUGAGCAGGUGUAUUUGAGCAAAUCAGAGGAAACGCCGAACGGAUUUGUCAUGGAUGCUCAGCCUGUGGACACCCUCAUUCUGCAGAUUCCCGAGCAACUGGGGCAAAACAGUAACAACGGCAUCAUCGUUGCACUUCCUGAAUUUUCACAGGUAGACCCAGAGGUAUUUGCAGCAUUGCCUUUAGAACUCCAAGAAGAACUCAAGGCUGCUUAUGGACAAAGACAGAAGACAUCGGAGGGUAACAACAAUCAACAGCUUGCAUUAGUGACAAGAAAUCCACUGCUGCACUUGAAGCAGCCAAUUGUUGUUAAGACAAAAAAACGAAGUAAAAAGAAAAAUGUGUCUAGUCCAGUGAAGAAAGUCGAGAGUCCGCUGAAGGUCAAGUUGCUGCACAGUCCGAUGAAAAACAGUGCUAUCCACACACGGAGUCCCCAGAAACUAAUCCCAGACUUCCUGAAGCGUGAAGAGGCUGCUGCUGACAAAUUAAAGCUUGAGACUGGCCCUUCCACUUCAGGACUCUCCACAGUUUCUCAAGUCCAAGGUACCAAAGCAUCACUACCACAAGGCCCCAACCUGGCAGGUGCCUUUGAGCUGACAGAUAUAAAGAUGCUGCUGAAGGAGUGGGUCACCACUAUCUCUGAUCCCAUGGAGGAAGACAUUCUGCAAGUGGUGCGGUACUGCACUGAACUCAUAGAAGACAAAGAUCUGGAGAAACUAGACCUCGUCAUCAAGUACAUGAAAAGACUGAUGCAGCAGUCUGUGGACUCUGUGUGGAGUAUGGCAUUCGAUUUCAUCCUCGACAACAUUCAGGUCGUCAUACAGCAGAUGUACGGGAGCACCCUGAAGAUUACAUAGGUGGAAAUCCCCCUCGUGCCCCCCAAUGCAAUCCCAAGUGUACAGUCACACAAACACCAAUAAUUGGAGAGCCUGGAGCUCUUUGCUCGCUGUGCCAUAACUGCUUGUGAGGUCUUUGCAAAUAGCAUGGUAGCACUGCUCUUUGAAGCUGUUUUAUAUAAAAGAAAAACAAAAAAAAGUGUUUUGUACAUUUUAUUUGCAAAAAGUGCCAAAUUUGUCAGUAUUGCAUGUAAAUAAUGGUUUAAAAUUUCUCUUCUCUUGUAGCAUAGAUUCUAUUUACAAAAUGGUCGUUUAUAAAGUUUUAUGGAUUUUUACAGUGAAGUGUUUACAGUUGUUUAAUAAAGAACUGUAUGUAUGUUUUUUUGCA